UUACACGAAUGCAUUUGAACUUGAAAAGCAAUAAUGGUAAUUAGUAGUAGUUGGUAAAUCACGAAAACUUUAGCUUCACGAUGAGUUCUUGACCUGAUAUUGCGGGGAAAAGCGUGGUCAUUAGUUUGGAGAUAGAAGUAGAAUAUGGAAUCUUGAUCGUAUUAUCUUCGCUGUCCCUUAUGCAUGUGCUUAUCUAUAACCCCUUCUGCAGUUGAAUAUAUAAGUAAAACAAACUGCAAUUUACAACCAUAUACUUAUUAUUUUACUGUGAGAGAGAGAAAAAAAAAAGCAUGGGAAGAGGAAGGGUUGUUCUUGAGAGAAUAGAGAACAAGAUCAACCGUCAAGUAACGUUCUCAAAGCGCAGAAGUGGGUUGCUGAAGAAGGCCUUUGAGCUUUCUGUGCUCUGUGAUGCAGAAGUUGCCCUUAUCGUCUUUUCUAGCCGUGGCAAGCUUUUUCAGUAUAGCAGCACUGAUAUUAAUAAAAUCGUUGAGAGGUAUCGCCAAUGUCGUUACAGCAAGUUACAGACGGGUGAUUCAUCGGAACUCGAAUCACAGAGUUCAUAUCAUGAAUUCUUGAAAUUAAGAGCGAAAUACGAAUCUCUUGAGCGGACACAAAGGCAUUUUCAAGGAGAAGAACUUGAGCCUCUUAGCUUUAAAGAAUUGCAGAGCCUUGAGAAACAACUAGAUAUUACACUUGCUCUAACUCGACAGCAGCAAACAAAGAAGCUGAUGGCACGAGCUGAUGAAUUACGCGAAAAGGUGCGCAAAAUGGAAGAUCUUAACAAACAAUUGGAAUCUAAGGAAAAAGAUGAAUUCUCAAACCUCAUUCUUGAGAGUAACAAUUUUUUUCAACUGCAUGCUACACAAGCCGAUCAAUUUGAAUCUGGAACAACACUAAACACAUGGUUUCAACAGCAAGAAGUUGGUUCGAAAGAAAGAGCAAUUGAUAGCACUCACACCAAAAGCAAUGGAUGGUUGUAGUGAAUGUUAAUGUAUUUUACAUAAAUGUUCCAAAAACACUUAUUUAGGG